UAUUCAGAAUAUUUGGCAUUGAAAUGUUACCUCUUGCAAUUCAGAUUGUGAUUAAGUUGUUCAUCUGUCAAGAAGUAAAAAAAACAUAAAUUUGGUGUUCGCGUCGGAAAUUUGGGGAACGACUAAUGAAUAGCGGACAAAGAAUCCUUGGUGGAGGGGUUCAGCAUGUGUUGGACUAUCUGAGGCGAAUGCAAGCUGAAAGUCCAGCAUUUUUCUAUGCUGUUCAGGGUGAUAAUGGAUCUUCUAAUGGAAACAUUUUUUGGGCCGAUGCAACUGCCAGAAUGAACUAUCAUUACUUUGGGGAUAGCAUCAAAUUGGAUACUUCCUGUCGAGCUAACGGAUAUAGGGUACCUUUUGCUACUUUCACUGGCUUAAAUCAUCAUGCACAGCCUGUUCUUUUUGGAUGUGCUUUGCUUUUUAAUGAGUCUGAAGGCUCACUUGUCUGGCUCCUCCAAACUUGGCUUCAAGCGAUGUCUGGACAGACGCCUGUUUCCAUCACAACUGACACUGAUCAUCUCAUACAGAUGGCUGUUGCUCAUGUUCUGCCAGAAACACGCCAUCGUCUUUGUAAAUGGAGCAUAAUUCGAGAAACCAAGGAGAAGCUGACUCAUGUAUGUCAAACACAUCCAACCUUUGAAACUGAAUUUAUGAAGUGCGUUAAUGGAAGUGAGACAAUCGAGGAAUUUGAAUCUCAGUGGAAGUCAUUCCUAGAAAGAUAUUACCUCACGGAUAAUGAAUACCUUCAAUCAAUUUAUAGUGCUUGCCGUCACUGGGUUCAUGUUUUCAUGCGAGAGACAUUUUUUGGGGAUAUUUUAAGUGAUCAAGACAAUGAUGCCAAAAACACUUUCUUCAAUGGGUAUGUGGAUGCUUCUACCUCUAUCCAGUUGUUGAUUAAACAAUAUGAAAAAGCUCACAAUCUCUAUACUAGGAAAGUUUUCAUAAAAUUUCAAGAGGAACUGGUUGAGACCCUUGCGAAUCCUGCAACUAAAAUUGAUGAAUCCGGAACAAUCACAACAUAUCAUGUUGCAAAAUUUGGGGAAGAGCACAAGGCACACACGGUUAGGUUCAACACAUUUGAGUUGACAGCUAACUGUAGCUGUCUAAUGUUUGAAUUUUCAGGUAUAAUUUGUAGACAUGUGUUAUGUGUGUUCAGAGCCAAAAAUGUUCUUAUGCUUCCUUCCCAAUACAUUUUGAAACGUUGGACAAUAAAUGCCAAGAUGAUAAGUAUUGUGUUUUCUGGUUAUACAAAUUUUUUAUCUUCCCAAAUAGAAGAAGAAGUUGAUUCAGCGCCGAGCUAUAACCCCAAAUAA